AUGCAAGGAUUCUCCGACCCCUCGCCGCGCAUCUUCACCAGAUCUCCAGGACCUGAGCUCCAACGCGGCCGGGAGAACCGUAUUGUAAUCUACCCCGGAUGUUUCAAUCCACCACAUGCAGGUCACGCCGCGCUUCUCUGGCACACCUAUCUAAACACGGAUGCGAAUACCAUCGCAGUCAUGAUCUUUGCUCUCAGUGACGACUGUCUAGAUUCCAAAGAUCAUGUUACUGACAACAAGGGUAAAGCGUUCAUACUCUCGCACUACCAGCGCCGCGAACUCUGGAAAGACGAGGUGCUAGGGAGAUUCGCGUGGGUAUUCCCAGAGGACGAUGACGAUAGGUUGGACAUGUUUAUGGCAACAGUCAAGCGGUUAGCGAAGUUGGAUGGCUUCAAAGUCUCCUUUCCAACGCUGUACGGAGGCGACCACAUCACCCAGAAGAGUAUGGCCAACGGACUGUGGGGUUGGGAUGGCAGGACGUGCGUUAGCAGCGAUGUCACACGACCCAUGGACUUUGUGCCUGAAGACGGCAGUGGUCUGCUACAGUUGGAAGAAUGUGAGAAGUGGAAAGAGAUGAAGAACGAAGGCCAAGAAUGGACAGGCAAGGAUAAUGCAACUCCAGAUUGCUGGCCGUGCUGGCCGUGCUGGCCUUGCGCCAAGAUGCGCAAGGUCUUCCCCGAGGGUGUCCUGAAAAAUGGGUCGUUCUCGUUCGGCAAGUCUCCUUUCCGGUGUUGCUCGGUCGUACCUUGGUGCUAA